AUGUUUAGACAAUGUUUGAGUGGACUUUGCAGACAACCAAGAACCGGUUUGAAGGUAACUCAACUGCUAGUAUCUCCCAUUAGGACGAUACACAAUGCCUCCAUAUUAAGCCAAACACAACCCAUCGCGACAACACCAGAACAGGCCACUGUCAAAGAAACACCAUUGUCGGAACUCAGCAGAGUCAUCGAAGAAAAAACUGAUGAUCCAACAAACCAGAAUGCUGCUACAACCCCCUCUUCCAAACAGCAAGCAAAGGUAAAUGAGAAAAUAGUGUAUUGGAAACUUUACUCGACAUUCAAUAGACACAAUACUAGGUGUACGUUGGUUGCCGUUGUCGAGGACUUGAACUUUAUGGAAAAUAAUCCACAGUUGUCUUAUAAUGAGAAAGUGCUCUACUAUUUGCAAUUACCACACAAGGUCAAAUAUUCGGUUACAGCCGGUCAACUAGGAUUUAGAAAGUCCCAAAGACAAGAAUAUGAAGCAGGGUUCCAAGUAGCGGCCAAGAUGUUUAAGACAAUUCAGGAGAGAAACUAUAUCGGACCUAAUGAUAAGAUUGAAUUGAUUUUGAAGAAUUUCGGAAAGGGAAGAGAAGCUUUCCAAGCUGCAUUGCUAGGUAAGGAAGGAUCCUACUUGAAAAACAAUAUUGUGAGAAUAAGCGAUUCAACCGUGAUUAGAUUUGGAGGUAACAGACCAAAGAAGUUACGUCGUUUGUAA